UGGUAGUGUGGGCUGGUCGCAAGUCCCCAUGUGGUCCCGACAUCAUUGACAUGGCGGAAUCCCCCUCCGAGCUCUCCUGGUAGCCCCCGCCGGGCUCUCGCCGCACUGCCUGCCGAGGACGGGCUCGCCGCGCCCGGGCCGCUCACCCCGCCCCCGUUUCAGCCCCUGCGGAGGAACCCCGUUGAGGAAAAUUCUCCAUGAAUGUACGUCACAAUGAUGAUGACCGACCAAAUCCCGCUGGAGCUGCCACCGUUGCUGAAUGGGGAGGUAGCCAUGAUGCCUCACAUAGUGAAUGGAGACGGAUCACAGCAGGUCAUUUUGGUUCAAGUUAAUCCAGGUGAAACCUUUACAAUAAGGGCUGAGGAUGGAACACUUCAGUGCAUUCAAGGACCGGCGGAGGUUCCCAUGAUGUCACCCAAUGGAUCCAUUCCCCCUAUACAUGUGCCUCCAGGUUAUAUCUCACAGGUGAUAGAAGACAACACGGGCGUUCGCAGGGUGGUGGUUACACCCCAGUCUCCAGAGUGUUAUCCUCCCAGCUAUCCCUCUGCCAUCUCGCCAACCCACCAUUUACCUCCCUAUCUGACACACCACCCCCAUUUCAUUCACAAUUCUCAUACGGCUUUCUACCCUCCUGUCACCGGCCCUGGAGACAUGCCACCCCAAUUUUUCCCACAGCAUCAUCUUCCCCCUACAAUAUAUGGAGAACAAGAAAUUAUACCACUAUAUGGAAUGUCCAGCUACAUUACCAGGGAAGAUCAGUACAGCAAACCACAGCACAAAAAACUCAAAGACAGACAGAUUGAUCGCCAGAACCGCCUUAACAGCCCUCCUUCAUCCAUUUAUAAAAGCCACCUAGGCAACUGCACAAGUGUGUACAAUGGUUAUACGAAGAGUCACAAUGGAGCAAGCAGUGGAGGCGGAGGUGCGGGGGGAGCACCAGGAGUAAAAAAACUAGAGCGCAGAGCAAGAAGCAGCCCAAAGUCUAACGAGCAAGACCCACAUGAAUAUGACUCAGAAACCAAAAGAGUUCAAGACAUUCUUUCUGGAAUAGAGAAACCACAGGUUUCAAAUAUUCAAGCAAGAACAGUUUUACUAACAUGGUGUCCUCCAACUGGCCUUUUAAGUGCGGAUAGACACAAUAAUGGCUUGCCUUACACUUGUACUUACGAGGUUGCCUUAUCAGACAAAGGGAGGGAUGGGAAGUACAAGAUAAUUUACAGUGGAGAAGAAUUAGAAUAUAACCUGAAAGACCUUAGGCCAGCAACAGAUUAUCAUGUCAGGGUCUAUGCAGUGUACAAUUCAGUAAAGGGAUCCUGUUCAGAGCCAAUUAGCUUCACCACUCACAGCUGUGCUCCAGAAUGUCCUUUUCCACCCAAAUCCUCACACAGGACCAAAAGUUCACUAACCUUACAGUGGAAGGCACCCAUUGACAACGGUUCAAAAAUCACCAGCUACCUGUUAGAAUGGGAUGAAGGAAAAAGAAACAAUGGUUUCAGAGAAUGUUACUUCGGGAGCCAAAAGCAUUGCAAAUUGACUAAGCUUUGUCCAGCUGUGGGCUACACCUUCAGAUUAGCAGCUCAGAAUGACAUAGGCACUAGUGGGUACAGCCAGGAAGUGGUGUGCUACACAUCAGGUAAUAUUCCUCAGACCCCUUCUGCACCAAGAUUGGUUCGAGCAGGUGUCACGUGGAUCACAUUGCAGUGGAAUAAGGCAGAAGGAUGUACACCAGAAGAAGUGAUUUCUUACACCCUGGAAAUUCAGGAGGAAGAUAAUGAUAGCGUGUUUCACCCAAAGUACACUGGAGAAGAGCUAACCUGUACUGUGAAAAAUCUCAGAAGAAGCACACAAUACAAAUUUAGGCUGAUUGCUUCUAAUGUGGAAGGAAAGAGUUGUCCAAGUGAAAUUUUGGUCUGCACAACAAGCCCAGACAGGCCGGGACCUCCUACCAGACCUGUUAUUAAAGGGUCAAUAACAUCUCAUGGCUUCAGCGUUAAAUGGGAUCCUCCACAAGAUAAUGGCGGUUCAGAAAUCCUAAAAUACCUAUUGGAGAUUUCUGAAGGAAAUUCUGAAGCAAAUCAGUGGGAAGUGGCAUAUAGUGGAUCUGCUACAGAAUAUACCUGUACUCACUUGAAACCAGGCACUUUGUAUAAACUCCGAGCAUGCUGUAUCAGCACUGGUGGACACAGCCAGUGUUCUGAAAGUUUACCCGUCCGUACGCUUAGUGUUGCACCGGGUCACUGUCGGCCACCAAGAAUGUUGGGAAAACCAAAACACAAAGAAGUUCAGCUACAGUGGGAUGUUCCUAUGUCAGAAAGUGGUUGUCAAGUCUCAGAGUACAGUGUGGAAAUGACAGAACCAGAAGAGGUUAUUUCUGAGGUGUAUCAUGGCCCUGAUCUAGAGUGCACGGUCAGCAACCUUCUUCCUGGAACAACAUAUCGGUUCAGAGUGAGAGCUUUGAAUGACGGAGGGUAUGGGCCAUAUUCUGAAGCUACGGAAGUCACCACGGCAGCAGGACCACCCGGCCAGUGCCAAGCACCUUUCCUUUCAUUUGUGUCUGACACAUGUGUACUUGUAAGCUGGGAGAGUCCUGAAUGCUCUGGUGCUGACAUCUCUGAAUACAGAUUAGAGUGGGGAGAAGAUGAGGAAUCUCUGGAACUCAUGUAUAAUGGCACAGAUACCUGUUUUGAAAUCAGUGAAUUGUCAGCAGCAGCACAUUAUUGCUGUAGAUUACAGGCUCUAAACCAGGCAGGAGCUGGACCCUACAGCGAUCUAGUAACCUGCAGGACUCCAGCAUCAGUACCUGAUGCAGUCUGUACCCUCUCUGUAUUGGAGGAUGAGCAUAUGGAUGCCUAUCAAAUAUCACCCUCUGUGUGCCUUGUUUUAAACUGGGAAGAACCGUGCAAUAAUGGGUCUGAGAUUACUUCUUACAACAUCGACCUUGGUGACAUUAGCAUUCCAGUUAGUAACAUUACAAGUUAUGUUAUUGAUGAUCUGCUUCCAGAAACCUCAUACCGGAUCAGGAUCCAGGCUGUCAAUGAAAUUGGAGCUGGACCAUUUAGCCACUUCAUUACGGCAAAAACCAGGCCCUUACCACCCUUACCUCCUCGGUUAGAGUGUGCUGCAGCAGGCCCUCAGAGCCUAAAGUUGAAAUGGGGAGACAGCAGCUCCAAACUGCAUGCUAUCGAUGACAUGGUAUACAUCUUGCAGCUAGAGGACAAAAACAAAAGGUUUAUUCCAAUUUACAGGGGACCAAGUCACACCUACAAGGUACAAAGGCUGACAGAAUCUACUUGCUACACAUUUAGAAUACAGGCAGUAAAUGAUGCUGGGGAAGGGCCGUUCUCAGAAAUAUGUACCUUCUGCACAACCAAAUCUGUUCCACCUGCCAUCAAAGCUCCUCGAGUGACACAGUUGGAUGGAAAUGCCUGUGAAAUCACAUGGGAAAUGGUCCCACCCAUGAAAGGAGACCCUAUCAGUUAUGUGGUGCAGGUAGUGGUUGGAAGAGAAUCUGAAUAUAAACAGGUAUACAAGGGAGAUGAGACAACAUUCCAAAUCUCAGGCCUUCAGACCAACACAGACUACCGAUUCCGUGUCUGCGUAUGUCGCCGAUGCUUGGAUACCUCACAGGAACUUAGUGGACCUUUCAGCCCGUCUGUUGCCUUUAUGCUCCAACGAAGGGAGAUCAUGCUUACAGGGGAAUUGGGACGCAUAGAUGAUCCUAAGAUAAAGAGCAUGAUGCCUACUGAUGAACAGUUUGCAGCCCUCAUUGUUAUUGGCUUUGCAACUUUGUCAAUUUUAUUUGCCUUUAUACUACAAUACUUCUUUAUGAAGUAGAGAAUCCAGUGAAAGUUUGAGGUAUAAAUUUAACUAAUGCUACGCAUUAUAAUCCACACAUUUAUUCAGAUAUUUCUUGAAAUCUUUUUGUUCUACCAUACAUUUUAUAUACUUCUCUUAUUAUUACAGUUCUAGCUAGGAAAAAGAUAAAUCCGUGUUUUGGUGCACCUUUUUGAAAUUCAAAACUAGGAAGAGGUCAAACUGGAGAAAUAAGCAACCCAGAUACCAAAAGCAAGAUUUUUUUCCUUCAAAGUUUCGGAAUUGCAAUCAAUUUGCCUUUAUGGA